AUGAAGGUUGUUCUUGGGGUGUUUUUGGGGUGCCUGGUGCUGGUGCUCCCCUCUGCAGCCCUUCCCAGAAAGGGGAGCACUGGGGAAAGGAGUUCCCCAAUUAACCGGCUGGAGCUGAGCGUGUCGGAGGAGCUGGGACUUGAGGCAGAGGAGAGGAAGGGAGAAAACACCAGUUUACAGGAAAGAGCGAGACCCAGCUCGGUGGUAAGAUCAAGGAUGACUCGUGGGACUCACCUCUUCUCCAAGCCUGACCCAGGAGCAAAGUGCCUGCAGGGGAUGGCUGAGGGUGGGGACAUCGGCUGGUCCCGGCACCCGUGGCCGCUCGGGGGGCUGGAAGGACCAGUGUGUAGGGUGAAGAUGGAGCAGGACGGGCUGACCCCAAAGCACCUGGAUGUUGUGGGUGUUCUCACCCACUAUGAAAGCAACUUCAUCAAGCUGUUGAGACAACGCACCAACUGGGAUGAAAACUAUCUGGAGACCUUCGGGCUCUGCCCGGCCGGGGAGGUGGGUGCUGCUCUCCAUCCCCUGAAGCACAUCCACGCUCACGUGCUGGAGCCGGGGCAGGACCGAUUCCUCGUGCUGCAUCUGGAGGAAGUGCAGUGGGGAGCCCAGUCCCGGCUCUGGUUCAAACUGGUUUUCCAGGCAGAGCUGGGCCGGGCGCUGGGAGAGCUGCGUUCUGCCCUCCUGCUCUUCUACCCGGGC